CCGGUUACCUGCCGCUCUUCGGUUGCGGCUGGAUUCCCCUGCUGCAGGUUGGCUGAGGAGCGAGUGUCCUCGGUGAUCACGGAGCUCAAGCGUCACCCGGACCGUCUCCGCUCCUCUCUGUUUCCGGGUGUCGGCGGACUCUCCUCCGGAGAUGAACUCGUGCGGCAGGUAAUCAUGAAGCCCGGAGUGCACCCGUCCUAUCCGGGUCAACAUGGUGAUGUCCCCUCAGAACCGGACCAGUGUGAUGAGGCGUGGAGGGAUUCUAGCCCGGUUCUGGAGUCACAAACUGACCUGGACUGGGACGACAUGCUGCAGCUGGACCACAACUGGACCCUCGACCAGCCGGGAAGUGGCCCACUGGAGCAGCGCUGGGUCCUGUGGCAGGACUUCAUGAAGGAGCACGCUCACCUGGAUUCCUGGCUCCAGGCUGCCCAGCAGGCGCUCUCUUCCUCGAACACUGGUCAUGUGACCUUUGCCGCGGCCUGUGAGGACCUGAGUCGGUUUGAGAAGCUGCGGUGUGAGGCAGGCUCUCGGCUGCUCCAGCUGGAAGGUCUGACCCGGAAGAACCGCACGCUGACUCGGCUGUUCGAGGGCUCCAUGCAGGCCCGGCUGCUGGCCCUAGCCCGGAACUGCAGCCUGCGCUGGGACGACGUCAACGUCAGGCUGGAGGGCGUCACCCGACGUCUGAAGCUCUUCCUCUCUGAGUGGGAGGAGUUUGAAGCGGAGAGGGCGGAGCUUGCACAGUGGCUGACCGAUCUGAACGUCCGUCUGACGGACGUGGAUAUCCUGACAGGAAGUACCUGCGAGAAGCUGCAGUGCCUGCAGUCGUUCCAGCACUGUGUGUGUGUCAAUUCCGAGCGUGUGAACAUGCUGCUACAGCGUGGCGAGUCGCUGAUGCAGCGCAGCGAGACAAGCGAUGCCCAGCGUGUGGAGAGCCGCCUGCUGGAGCUGCUGAGGAGCUGCAGCGAUGUCUACAGCAACAUCGCUCGCACUCACACGCGUCUGCUCAGCAUGAGACUGGUCUUCGAGGACGACUGGAUCUUGCCUCGGGCUUCGGACUCAGGCUGUCCGUCCGAGAGUCUGCUGGAGGACGACGGAGCGCUGAACCUGGACCUGCUCUCAGCGCCCCCCGCAGACUCGCACCCGUCCCCUCCCCGGUCGCCCUCGCCUGUCCACGAGCACCUGGGACUGGAGUGGGACCCCUCUGUGGACGUGGGCCGGUCCCUCACACCAGACGGCGCCGACUCGUCCUAUUUCAGCACCAGCACUGGUCCCGGGCACAGAGAUGGUCUGAAGAGGCGGAGCUACCUCAGCUCUCUGGGCUCUUGGUCUGACAUCAGCAAUGACGUCAUCAACCAGGAGCCCAAUCUGGCCAGCUUCAGGCAGACGGCCCAGGACCCGGCUCCUCGUCCCCCCUCGUUGGUCUCAGUGAGGGACCCCAGACCUGGCCCGUCCAGCGAGUCGUGGUCCACCUCCACACCGGACCGCGACGCCGCUGAGCUCUUUGGCUACGGCGGCCGACGUGUGCGUGCGUGGCUGGGGGUCCACAGCUCCGCCAAUUCAGAUGAACCCAUGUCCUGUUGCAAGGCGGUUCAGACUGAGCCACAGGAGGAGUCCCACCUGGGCAUGAGCCACGAUGCCGCCCAACAGCUGCUGGUUCGGACAACUCGACAUUGCUCCGAAAAUACCAGUCGCCUCGGUCCGGACGCCGCCCCUGCAUGGUCACAUGACCUCGCCGCGCUCCCUGGUUGGACAAGGGAGAAGCUGCAGUCGGAGGAAGAGUCGUGCUGCGACCAAGCCGAGCAACUGCGCAGCUCUCCACGCCUGCGUCCGUGCUCGUGGCUCCUCCUGCUGGCCGCCGCUCUGGCCCUGCUGCUGUGGCUGCUGUGGCACCUGCUGGAGCCGCCGUGUCACCGCAGCAACCGCAUGACGCAUGCGCUCCACCUAACCUACAUCAACGGACCACCGCCCACCUGACCGCCACGAUCUGGCGGAGGAACACCAUGGUUAGUUAGCGGCUGGCAGGGAACUUGUGGGCGGGCCUGAUGUGUGUUUCUCCGUCAGAGGUCACAACCUCUCCAGGACUCACGGCAGCUUUUUUCCUUGGAGCCAAACAACGUCCGGCUCUCUGACGAAACUCAAUUUGAUGACUCUGCACUUCGUUGCUGUCCACCUCCGAAGUCUGGAAGUAAUGCAAUUUGGGCUUAAAAACUUUUUUUUAAAGCUUCUAGUCAGGAAUAAAUAAAUGUUUUUUAAAUCAUCAUUUCUUCUAUGUCAGUGAUCCGAAUCGGCCAUUAGCGUUCGGAAUGACGGAAACAUCCUGUUCUUCCUGACACUGUGACCCAAGACUCUGUGCUCAUAUGAUCGUUUUUCUUUUCAAAAGCUGUGAUAUGAGAUUUAAAUCGGAGGGACAGUGACUCGUCUCGGAAUGUUGCAAUCGUUCCAAACUCCUGUUCUCCUGCGUCAAAGCAUUUGUUUAACAAAAACAUCAAUAUUUCUCCGCUAAUAAGGUGUUCAGCGUGAUGUCAUCGGCAAACAUGAACACCGUGUGCCGGGGAAACAAGUCUGAGCAGACUCUUGUCAGGAACUCUCCAUUGCCAAGUCAUCAGACUCAGAUGAACAUCUUCGAGCGCCAAAAUAAGAAAAAGACCAGAUUAAGUACAGACUUGUGUAAAAUAGUAAUAUUCUUUUAUCAUAAUGUUUCAUUUGGUAGCACGUAGCAUAUUGGAUGUUAGAUCUAAAUGUGAUGCAAACAUGAGCACUUCUCUUGCUUCUUUUUGUUCAUACAGGAGUUGCCUAACUAAAAACACUCAUCUUUGUCUAAAAAAAAAAAAAAAAAAAAGUAAUAAGAGUGCGUGUGUAUAUUUUUUUUCUUCAUGUCACUUUUACUUAAAAACAUAAAUUUAGCGCCUUUGUUUCCGUCCAAACUCUUUGAGUUAAGAACUAUUUGUAAAUCUGCGCAAAAAUCAUCUGUAACACAUUCAUCAUGUUCUGAAAAUGCCUCACAAUAUUGUUUGUUUUAUCUUUUGUGUGUAAUGGAAACGUAUCGCCCCCUGCAGUUGUCACCAAGUACUUGAGCUAAGGUACAUUCUGCAGCCUCAAGUUAGAUUGUGAUGUUUACGAUCUAUAUUUGUCGCCUUCAAGCACGCGGUUCUGCGUUAUUAGCCUGACGUCGUCUGCAAACAAUAGCACUUUGUAACGGAAACAGAGACAUUGAAUUACAUAACUAUUCUGUUGACUUUCGUCCAAACUCUGAGUUGACAACUACUGGGCAUCAAGUCGACUGUGACCUCUAAAGCGCUUUGAGGCGAAAAUGUUUUUUCAUACCACAAAAGUUCCAUAGCUUCCCCUAUGACGGCUUCGUUGGAAAAUAUUUGCCAUUUCAUAAGUGAACAUUUGUUGCGGUGAAGAGCUUUCAGUAUGACAUCAUCUGCAAACAUCAGCACUUUAACACCUCUGCACGGCGACCGAGAAGCCAAUUUUAUAGUUUUAUUGUUCAAUAAAAACACCCCUCGUUGGUCUCAGAUUAAUUUCCCGCUAAAUCUCUGACUGUAAUUUAGCGAAGUGGUUUCCAAAGCCAUGUUUCACGCCAGUCUCUCGGCGAACAUCCUCAUAACAUUUUCUGACACGAAUAAGAAGCUCAUCAAAGUGCCGUUUUAUUUCACGUGUGAAUGUUUACGAAUGAAACUUUUCAUAGAGAUUUCUUUGCGUGGUUGUCUUGGCUGUUAGCGGCCAUGCUAGUAGUAUUGUUCGCUGCUCCAAAUGUGUGUUUUGAUUCUGAAAAUUUGUCUCUGUCUCAGCAGUUGAAAUAAAGUUUUG